AACCGUUAGAACGCGUCGUCCGAGGAGAGGCACUGACGUUAACUGCCAUCACAAAACGUUAGCUAACGUUAGUUACCGUUAGCCUGUCAGCGAACGGUUGUCUUUGAAGGCGAACCGAUUUGGCUAAUUGCAGCUUGUGCACCGGAUUGUUCCAACGUGCCCCGCUAAACGUUGAUGAUUUUUAAAUCAUAAGUGUGCAGCUUGGUUUCGGGAAGCCCCCCCCCCCUUCUUCUAGCGUUUAGUUUAUAAGCUGGCUCAAGGGAAGGCAAAUGACAGCCGAAGCCCCGCCGGCUCUCUGGUUCAUUCAUCGCCCACAGCCUCUGCCGCCGCAAACCUGCACGUCCACGAGAAUAUCUCUCAAGCUCUCUGGUCGGGUUGUCCAGUGGCGAAAUGGACCAACACAGCAGUUCGGGCAAACGCAUUCGCAAGCCCUCCCUGCUGUACGAGGACUUUGAGAGCCCGUCUCUGGCGCACACGCUGCCUCAGGGUCCUCCCGUCCCGCCACAGCCGCCGGUGAAGGACGCCAGCCGGCCGGGCCGCAUGACCAACCAGCUCCAGUUUCUGCAGAGGACGCUAAUGAAGUACCUGUGGAGGCAUCAGUUCGCCUGGCCUUUCCGUGAGCCGGUGGAUGCCUACAGGCUGAGCCUGCCGGAUUACCAUAAAAUAAUCAAGCAGCCGAUGGACAUGGGGACCAUCAAAAAGCGCCUGGAGAACGGCUUCUACCGCAGUGCCAGCGAGUGCAUACAGGACUUUAACACCAUGUUCACCAACUGCUACAUCUACAACAAGCCAACAGAUGACAUUGUGCUGAUGGCUCAGCCUUUAGAGAAGAUCUUUCUCCAGAAAGUGGCUCAGAUGCCCCAGGAUGAGGUGGAGCUGCCUCCUCCGGCCCCGCGAAGCAAGAACAGCAGAGGAAGAGGUCGCAAAUCCAGCUCGAGGGCUCAGCAGGUGCCGGCAGUGUCCCAGUCGGCCUACUCCCCGUCUUCCUCGGACACCGGGGAGUCCAUGCUGGCCAGCUCCCCCCAGACGGUGCUGACCAAAAGCCUCCCUCCGGCCAACAUCAUGGGCCUGCCUCCUACUCAGCCCACGACCAAGAAAAAAGGUGUCAAACGUAAAGCAGACACCACCACCCCCUCCACCAUGGGCUUGACCGUUGGCAUGUCGGGACCAACGCACAUGGUGGGCUUGGGGAAAGGAGGUCACGGGGGCCAAGUCCACGACACCUCCAUGCACACCAUCUCCUCCAUGGGGAGCAUGGGCUUGGAGACCCCGCCCGGGAUGGGCCUGGUCAGGAGCGCCGGCGGUCCCGUCCUGCUCCAGCCCAUGAUGGCAGGCGGCGGGCGCCGAGUGGGCAGCGGACGCCCCAUCAAACCCCCCAAGAAGGACCUGCCCGACUCUGUCCACGCUCAGCCCUCCAAGAAGGGCAAGCUGAGCCCCCAGCUGAGGUACUGCAGCGGCCUGCUGAAGGACAUGUUGUCGAAGAAACACGCCGCGUACGCCUGGCCGUUCUACACCCCCGUGGACGCGGCGGCGCUGGGACUUCACGACUACCACGACAUCAUCAAGUGUCCCAUGGACCUCAGCAACAUCAAGAGGAAGAUGGACGGCCGUGAAUACAGGGACGCGCAACAGUUUGCCAGCGACGUCCGAGUCAUGUUCUCCAACUGCUACAAGUACAACCCACCGGACCACGAUGUCGUGGGCAUGGCCCGAAAGCUGCAGGAUGUGUUCGAGUUCCGCUUCGCCAAGAUGCCGGACGAGCCGCGCAUGGAUCACGGCGCCCCGUCCCUGGGUGGCCAUCAGACGUCCUCCUCCUCGUCCUCGUCCUCCUCCUCGUCCUCCUCUUCCCCCACCUCCGAGAGCGAGCCCUGCAGCGAGAGCGAAGAGAGCGAGAGCAGCCCCAACUCGGACAGCGAGGAGGAGCGAGCGCAUCGCCUGGCGGAGUUACAGGACCAGGUGUGCACACAACUGCGAGCCAUGCACGAGCAGCUGGCGGCCCUCUCCCAAGGCCCCAUCAUCAAGGCCAAGAAGAAGAAGGAGAAGAAGGACAAGAAGGAGAAGGAGAAGAAGAAAAAGAAGAAGCUGGAGAAGCGAAGUCGAGCCGUCCGCAGCAGAGCCGACUCUGAGGAGUGGAAGAUGCCCGGCAAGAUCCUGAAAAGCAAGUCCGCCAGAGCAAACGGCCCCCCGCCCAAGAAGAGCCAGGGGAAGAAGAGCAGCAAGAAUGUCAAGGCCACAAAGAAGCCGUUCUACCCGCCUCCGCCCACCUCCAUGCUGCCGCACUACGACUCCGAGGAAGAGGAGGAGAUCGUGCCCAUGUCGUACGACGAGAAGCGCCAGCUGAGCCUCGACAUCAACAAGCUGCCGGGGGAGAAGCUGGGCCGAGUGGUCCACAUCAUCCAGUCCAGGGAGCCGUCGCUGAGGGACACCAACCCCGAGGAGAUCGAGAUCGACUUUGAGAUGCUCAAGCCGUCGACGCUGAAGGAGCUGGAGCGCUACGUCAUGACCUGUCUGAGGAAGAAGCCCCGGAAGCCGUACGGCGGGGAAGCCGCAGCGGGGAUGAAAGGCGGCGCCGGCAAGUCCAAAGAGGAGCUGGCUCUGGAGAAGAGGAUGGAGCUGGAGAGGAGGCUGCAGGACGUCAGCGGGCAGCUCAACUCCGUCAAGAAACCCACCAAGCCUAAAGCGGAGAAGCCCAGCGCUGUAGAGACCCACAGCCAGCCCUCGCACCUCAGCGGCAGCAGCUCCAGCUCCGACUCCUCUUCCUCCUCUUCCUCCUCCUCCUCGUCCUCCGACACCAGCGAUUCGGACUCUGGUUGAGGGUUCCCCCGCUCGGGGCUGCGAGAGAACCCGCUGGUAACUCAGGGACUUGGGCUGGCCCAGGACACGGCACGGCCCCGAAGCAGAAGAGAAAGCACUCCGAGCUGUUUGUAAUGUGGGACCCAUCUCCCAUAGGAGAGAAACAGGAAAUGCCUUGGUUUCCCCCCCCGACGCCCCUCUUUGUAAAUACGUGUACAAAUGUAUGUUUCUUUUAUAAAGAAGAAUUUUAUGGUGAUUCCCCAAAGAGGGAAGCGAAGUGAUUGAAAAAAAAAAAAUACCAACAAAACAAAAAGUGUGGCCGGCCUCGCGCUGCGUCCUCCGCGGUGACACAAUGGACGGGUGUUUAUUUAUUUGUAGUCUUCAACAUUUCCUCGGACUUUACCGGAGUUCGAACCAGCAACCCCUUUUCGGUCCACAAGCCUUUCUUUUCUACCAUCUGGCUUCUCAGAUCCACCUUUAGACUGCGCCUUAAUCUUCCACAACGGUGAGGUCAUCUCGGAGAAAGAAGCUGGUGAAUAUUCAAAGCCAACCUGUGGUUUUCAGGGGGAAAGUUGAACGCCUGUUACGAGUUGUGGAUCAUUCCUCUUUUACGUUUACACGCGUCGCUCUCGCCACUCAAACGUGAGUUUGAGCUUUUUGCCGCGCUCUGUUUUUACAGCAUGUCGUUCUCGUGGUUUGGAAACAAAGUGGGCUCCUAGUACAGUAUAGACACGGCUUUACGUACUGUAGUUACAGCGCUUGCAUUGAAGUAACGUAAUGAUUCAGUCGGUAAUGACUUUGGCGGCCGCGUUGAUCCUUAAUAGUCCGGCAGCCAGGCUUAUAAAUGUCACAGUAUUUAGAAAUCCAGCUCUUUACUGUUCAACUUGGAUAUUGUUCUCAUUACAUCGGACCGGAACACAAGUGUGCUUUUGUUUCACGAGAGCUAAACGCUCCUGAAUGUCGUCGGAGGGACGUGCAGAUUUCAUCGUUUCCACACGAACCUCCUGAAGAUUUGACGUUUUGCAUCCGUCGCACUCGAAGCGCUGCGCUGACUGGAACGGACGGCGCUGACCGAGUCACGCCACAAGUGUCCCCCCUCCCCUCCUCCGUAAAGAGACAAAGACGUCCUCACAGCCCCCUGCUUAGUUGAAGCUAUUGUUGAAUGUGAAUGCUUGUAUAUACUUAAACUAUUUGCUGUUGCACAAUCUAUUGUAGUUCUUCUGUUCAGUGUCUCCUUUCUGUGUCAGUUGUCUUGUUUUAUUUUUCUUUUUUUUUACGGUUUUCGUUCCAGUUCACAGAGUUCACGCGAGCGUCGCUGCGUUUCUGAAGAACAUCUUUCCUUUGAAGGGUUUAUUAAAAUGUUUUCUUCUGUAGAGGCA